GUUAUUCACUAGUCCUCAUAAAGCGAGAUUACAGUUGCGAGAAUAUCGUCGUUUAGCACCAUUCCGUUCAUAGAUUCCUCUUCAUGGAGAAGAAAAUUAUCCUGAUGCUUCAUUUUGGAACUACAACUGCUGCCGCUGCGCUGCUUUUCUCUCUUCCAAGCUGCUGGGCAGCUCCCGAUGUUGAUGGUGUUGUUCCAAAUGAUGUUGUUGACAUAGAUUGUGCAACCAUCCAGGAGCUUGGAACUCCAAGUUUAGAGCGUUUUGAUUUCUCACUUAUGAUGGUAAGUCACUAUUGCUUUGUCUUUAGUUGAAUAAAGAAGAUCAGAGCAUACGAGGUAAUUUAGAUUGUCGUGAUCGGUAUCUGAUGUACUUACAAAAACCGAUUGUCGUUUGUAUUUUUACACUCUUCAAGAAAACCGAAGGAGACAAAUAUAAUCUCUCCUUUGUGUUAAAGCACGAUCCAUCCCUCCCGCUUCCCACGGAUCCCGUGAAUCAGUGCAACCCUGCCAUCGUGCCACCGGAGAUUGCCUCUGAUGGACUUCCUUACUUUGUCUUCCGAUGGUUUUACCAAAAAGUGCCCGAAGAAGUAAAAGCAGUGACUGGAAUCGACCACGUUUCCCUUGAUUUCAAUCCUUGUGGACACCCUCCGAUCGAAAUAUUUGGAACACCGCAUUAUGAUUUUCACAUUUACCUGAUCACGCCCGAAGAAAGAACCUGUAUGACGUGCGCAAAGCUCCCCGGAACUCCCGCUUGUGACUUUAACCCUGGCAUGCAGACGACCGCGAGUGGAAAAGGUGAGCAAAAAGCAACUGUCGCAUCAGCAUUUUCGUGAAAAGAGUGAUGCACGUGAUUAUGUUUGGGCCAACAAAAUGAUCCAAGAAGUCUCAUACAUUGUUCUACUCGUCAGCCUUCUUCGAUAUAGCAACGGUCAGGAGUAACGACCCGGUGUACGAAGGCGACCCGUUCGGCCAGCCACGAAAUAUGCCUCCCGGAUUUCAGACAACAAUGACGUCCAUGAUACCACUCAUGGGUGGACACGCAUGGAACGUUGCUAAGCAACCCGAAAGUGCGAUGAACUGGGUGGAACCAACCUGGCUCAUGGGCCCUUACGCCGGCGGCAUUGUGCAUUUCGAGCCAAUGAUCCCAUUGGCAUUCAUGACCGGAGAUGCGGACAAAGAAUUCACUGAAACCCUGACUUACAUGGGCCAGACAAUUUCUACACUCCCUCAGUCUUUCACUGCCAAGUUCGAUGCAGCCACCACCUUAACUACGAUUCAUUUGACCGGAUCUGCGAAGGGCAAGAAAGGCAAGAAGAGCAAGAUGAAGAAGGGAAAGAACACCAAGAGUAUUACAGCAAAAUCGAGCAAACGUUGACAAUCAUGCAGCGUCAACCUUCUGCGACUACGUGCAAGUAGAUCUUUUUAGUUGAUUGAGUAGAAAACGACGGCGUUCGAACAGUAGAAGGGUUUUUCAUGUACACAGUAUUUUUCAAGUGAACACCAUCUAACUAUAUGAACCGAAGAUGGACGAGCAAAUGGUUUAAAUACAUUGACCUAAAUGAAGUAAACAUAUUGAACAGAG